AUGAUGGAGAUGGUCGAGUUGUUGCUCUCAACAAAACUGGUCAAAAGCAUACCAACAUUGUUGUUUGCUGGACACCAAAUGUGUGUAAGUCAUGUCCCGAAUUUCACAUUAGAACAAAGGAAAGUACCAAACAAAAGUUGGCAAAGAAUAUUGCAGAUGUGAAGUUCAACAUCAGGAGAGCAUUUUUUCUAAACUGUCAAACCAGUUAGAGGGGUUACUGCUGCCAGCACUGUCACCCUUCCAAGCCAGGCCAAGAACACGAAGCAAAAAGUAGGCCUUACACCUGGCACAGCAGCUAAAAAAGGCAAUGACCCGUUGCUUGCAGUGCUGAAACUCAAGAAAAGUACUUUUCCAGGCUCCAUAAGAGAAGUUGUCUGCAAUGACCUACCAACAAUCAUGCUCUACACAGAUAGUCAACCGGAAAAAAUUGUCAAAUUUUGUUACCAUAACCUGGCCUGGUUUUUUAACUGGGUUUAG